AGGAAGUGCGAAUUAUAUUAGGAAUAUUUAAAUACAUUUUCAGUUGUAUCAGUGUAAUUCAAUUAACGUAGAAAAACAAAAGUUUUAUCGACAGUCUUUGCUAAUAUUAUAGAUAAUACAAACAAUUAAUUUAGUCUUUAACAAUGCCAGAGCGCUCGUCUUGUGGGAGGGGCUAAAAUCUACGACAGGUAACUUUUACAAAAGAUUUACCUGCACGCACUGAGAGACGUACGCAGGCGCGUGACAGAGAUCGAUUUUUAAUCUAGUUUAGCUUCUCUGUCGACCUCGAUUAUGAAGUUUCCGGCCUUGCUGUUGGGGUUCGCUCUGGUCUGUUGUUUGGGUAUCGCUGGCUUCAUCCACAACAAACGUAAGCACGAGAUUCAUCUGAAUAAACAGGCUUCCUUUCUAGACAUUAAAUUCAGAGUGACCAGAGACGUAUUGGGAGAGUACCAAGAACAGCUGACCCAAUCCACUUCACUGCUGGAAAAGACUAAGAAAGAUGUGGAAGAUAUGACUAAAGAGGUGUCUGACACCAAGACCUUAUUAGAGACGAAAAAGAGUGAAUUAGAAACCUGUAAUACAGACAAGAAGCGAAUUACACUUGAGGGCAAUGUUGCAAAGUCAGAGAAAACAAGUGUCCAGAGUGAGAUAUUCAGGGAAAAGGUCCGUUGGUCAGAUGAAGUAGGCUUUCUGAAAAAGGAAUUAGAAGGACGUAGCAAACUUUGCAAAUUCAUCGACAUGUUCUCUGAAGAGGCGAGGUCAUUGUGUGGCAUAGUUGGUGAGCCACCCAAACCCGAGGCACCAAAAGCCGAACAGCCUAAACCCGAGGCACCGAAAGUCGAAGAGCCUAAACCCGAGGCACCGAAAGCCGAACAGCCUCAACCCGAGGCACCGAAAGCCGAACAGCCUCAACCCGAGGCACCGAAAGCCGAACAGCCUCAACCCGAGGCACCGAAAGCCGAACAGCCUCAACCCGAGGCACCGAAAGCCGAACAGCCUCAACCAGAGGCACCGAAAGCCGAACAGCCUCAACCAGAAGCACCGAAAGCCGAACAGCCUCAACCAGAGGCACCGAAAGCCGAACAACCCAACCCCGAGCAAGCAAAAGUUGAACAGCCUAAACCUGAGGAACCAAAAGUUGAACAGCCUAAACCUGAGGAACCACACGUAGAUGCAUUAUAAAAAAAAACCAAGUGUAGCUGCAUGCGAAAGGGAAGGACAGAGAAAAAACUAUGCAAACAACUGGUGGAGAAUUUGUGAAUUGUAAGACUAUCUAAACCUGAACAUCUUGUCUGGGUUGAUCUCCAGCAUUCCAGGUUACACGCUUGUACACUCACACAGAUGCCUGAAGGCUGGACUGACAUCAUCACAUCCAUUUUACUGCAUGCUGUGUGUCACAUCCAUGCUCUGUUUUUCCCCCAAAAAAUGUAUGUGGUGAGGGAUUUGGGAUGAUAUAGGUGGCUUGUUUAUCUACAUUACCACCUCACCAUGAAAUAUCUGUUCAAGCAUUACUCUACACUGUCUAUUUUUAUUGAAGUUUUUUACAGUCAUCUUUCUCAUCUCAAUCUUUCUUCUAUUCUGCCUGGGUCAUUAUAAUAAUAUUGUAUUUUGUGAUUGUGUAUGUGUGUCAUUAUGACCCUCCCUCGGGCUCUUCCGCUCCAUCAUGCAGACUCAUGUUAGUAUCGACCAAUGGAAAACAUCUGACCUUCUCGCUGUCACUCCUCAUCAUCCUCACUCUGUUUCCCUGGUUACCAUAAUUAUGGUGUCCAGCUAGUUUAACUAGUCAUGACCUUCAGCAUGACAUGACAGUUGCUAACGGUGUACAAUGUGGUAGUUUUAGUUGUAUGUUAUGAAGAGUACUGUGAUGUUUAGAGUGGAAAUAAAAACACGUUGGAUAGGUGGAUGCUUUUUUAUUUAUUCUUUCUGUAAAUGGAGAUUUCAUUGGAUUGAUAGACAUGCACAUUAAAAUGCUGUUUUAAAAUGGCA